UAUUAUAGGAUGCUGUAAACGUCAAAACCACACUCCAUGGUGGAUGUUGGUAUUGGCAAUGGUUUAAUAAUUUUCUUUUUUAUAUUUAUGACCUUUUCAUUUGUUGCUUUUUUAAUCAAUAUGAUUAUUAGCUGUUGUGGCGAGACGUUCGGGAAUAAUGCAGAUCCCAAUGAAAAUAUUAUUGCUGCCGGUUUGAACAGUAGACUAAACCGGGAAACAUCACACUAUAGAUUCCGUUAUGAUAUUCCCUAUGAUGCCAAUGAUAUACGUGCAAUGCCGAAUCCGGUAAUAGAUUCGGAUUUGGAAUUACAAGCGUGCAAUUUUAGAUAUGGAUAUCCGUUACCAUCACCACCUGAUCAUUGGAAUGCGGCUCAUCCGUUAAGUCGAGCUGCAUCUAGCCGUAGUGCUCACAGUUCAAAUUUUGCUGCUCUCGCUCCGGUUGAAGAAAUUGAACGUGUAGCGUUGCCCGAUUCAUCAAAUGAAGAUCCGGCAGAAAAACCUCCACCUUCCUAUGAUGACAUUGUAGAGAGUGCAUCUUCUUUCAUAUAAUAACGUCAUCCGUUAUGGUUAUAUUAUAGUUUCUGGUCACCAGACUCGCAACUUCGAUUUUAGGAUAUUUAAAAAAAAAAGAGUUGUCGUAUCGUGUCGUGUAUUUUCGUAGAAGGAGGAAAAAGGGACAGUGAUGUUCAGUGAUGAUUGCACCGGAUCUUGAUAAUCUAUUAAG